UUUCUUACUCUUCACUUGGUAUUCAAGAACUAAGUGAACUUUAACCACCAUGAGUGCCCCUAUUUCUACUGGUGUUGCAACCACUUUUGCAACUGACUCAUCUGAUACCACCACCAAGGUGAACAGACAAGGAAACAUUUCUUCAUUCGCUACCAACACCGUUAGCAGUAACUUGACUGCUAUUGAUACCAAUGGAGAUGUUUUCAAAGUCCCAGAUUACACCAUCAAGGACAUCUUAUCUGCUAUUCCAAAGCACUGCUACGAGAGAUCUUUGAUUAGAUCAAUGGGUUAUGUUGUUCGUGACAUUACCAUGAUGGUUAUCAUUGGUACUGUUGCCAAGAAGUAUAUCCCAUUAGUUGAUAUCGCCGGCUACCCAGAUGCUUCCUACUACAUCAGAGGCGCCCUUUGGAUGUUGCAGUCAUAUUUGAUUGGUUUAUUUGGUUUCGGGUUAUGGAUCUUGGCUCACGAAUGUGGCCACGGAGCAUUCUCUGAUUACCAAGGUAUUAACGACGUCAUCGGUUGGGUGUUGCACAGUUAUUUGAUCGUUCCUUAUUUCUCAUGGAAGUUCACUCACUCUAAACAUCACAAGGCCACUGGUCAUUUAACCAAGGAUAUGGUGUUUAUUCCUUACACCAAGGAAGAAUUCAAGGAAAAGCACGGAGUUGAAAAGAUUAGCGAUAUUAUGGAAGAAUCCCCAAUCUGGUCAUUCUUGGUCUUGGUUUUCCAACAGGUAGGUGGUUUACAAUUGCACUUGGCCACCAAUGCUACUGGUCAACCUUAUCCUGUUUCUAAAAUUGCCAAAUCGCAUUAUGCUCCUAAGGCACCAAUGUUUGAUGCUAACCAAUACUGGUUCAUUAUCUUAUCAGACAUUGGUAUCAUUGCUGCUUUCACCAUGGUGUACCAAUGGUACAAGCAUUACGGUUUGUUCAACAUGAUGGUAUACUGGUUUGUUCCAUGGUUGUGGGUCAACCAUUGGUUAGUCUUUGUCACCUUUUUACAACACACCGACCCAACCAUGCCUCAUUAUCGUGCUGAAGAAUGGACCUUUGCCAGAGGUGCCGCUGCCACCAUCGACCGUGAGUUUGGUUUUGUCGGCAAACACAUCUUCCACGAUAUCAUCGAAACCCAUGUUUUGCACCAUUAUGUUUCUAGAAUUCCGUUCUACCAUGCUAGAGAAGCUUCCGAAGCUAUCAAGAAGGUCAUGGGUGAACACUACCGUUAUGAGGGUGAAAAUAUGUGGUACUCCUUGUGGAAGUGUCUUAGAAUGUGUCAAUUUGUUGACGAUGAUAAGGAGGAUGCCAAGGGUGUUUUGAUGUUUAGAAACGUGAAUGGUUUAGGUGUCAAGCCAAAGGAUUAAGCAGAUCAGAGGUGAAUAUGCAACUCAUUGAUUAGAUUUUCAUUUGUAAAUAGAAGCUUCUUUUAUAUGAAUCAAGUAAUAGAAAUGAAUUUUGUAUG